GAGGAGGAGGAGGAGGAGGGAGCGCCAUGGCCGAGGCCUGGGCCGGCUUCUCGCAGGAGGAGCUGCGGCGGCUGCGGGGGCAGCGCCCAGAUCUGUACGAGCCCUCACCCCACCGCCAGCAGCAGCAGCAGCCGCCGCCUCGCCCCCAGGCCGUGCCCAAGACUCGGCAGCAAUUGCAGCGGGAAAAAGCGCUGCAGCAGCAGAGCCAGAGGCUGGGGCUGCAGGGAGGAGCAGCCUCUGUCACCCCGGAGCAGCUGCUCUCUGCUCCACAAGGCAGGGCCGGUGAGCCCCAGCAGCCCGGGCCGGCUCCUGGGUGCGAGAGGCAGAGGGACAGCCGGGAGCAGCCGGAGGGAGGGACAGCGGCAGAGUCGUGUAAUGGCAGGGACAGCAGCGGCCAGCCCUGCCCUGCACAGCCCGGCAGCCACGUGGAGAGAAAGAAAGUGGAAUUGCAGGAGAAAUCCCGGUGGGAGAUCCUCCAGCAGGAGCAGAGGCUGAUAGAAGAGAAGAACAAACGCAAGAAGGCACUGCUGGCCAGAGCCAUUGCGGAGAGAUCCAAAAGAACCCAGGCUGAAACAGUGAAGCUGAAGAGGAUUCAGAAGGAGCUGCAGGCUCUGGAUGAGAUGGUGUCUGCUGACAUCGGCAUCCUGAGGAACCGCAUCGACCAGGCCAGCCUGGAGUACUCCCAUGCACGGAAGCGCUAUGACAAGGCCGAGUCCGAGUACGUGGCGGCCAAGCUGGAGCUGCAGCACAAGACAGAGCUGAAGGAGCACCUGACAGAGCACCUGUGCACCAUCAUCCAGCAGAACGAGCUGCGCAAGGCCAGGAAGCUGCAGGAGUUGAUGCAGCAGCUGGACGUGCAGGCAGAUGAGGAGAAGCUGGAGCUGGAGAUCGAGGUGGAGCAGAUGCUGCAGCAGCAGGAGGCAGAAGCAGGGAGACAAUCCAGCCCUGCUGGGACAGCCCAGGAGAAGCCUGCUGCCAGUGGUGUGGGGCAGGAGAGCCAGCAGGCUGACCAUGCUGCUGCUUCUCCUGCAGUUUCUGAACAAUCUCAAAAGCCCAGGACCAAAUCCUUCUCCAACGUGGACAGCCAAACUCAGGCAGUAAAUGUGACUUCAGCUUGUUCUGCCACAUGACUGCUGGGUGCAGAUAAGCCAGUGGUUGUGGAUGAGGUACUCUGCAGGCUUGUGGCUGUGUGUUGUAUCUGGGCUUCAGCAAUGCACUUCAUUUCUCUUUUUAUUGUUUCUAAAUUUUAAAGGCUCUUUUCUUGCCACAAGACCCAUUUGGGGUUCAUCAUCUAUCAUCAUUCUGGUGUAUGUUCAUGUUCUGCUGCCCAGCUCUUCAUUGUACCUUCCUGAAUCAGGACACUUGGAAGUGAACAGCAGGGUUUGUCUAAAGGUUUUCAGCUUUUUGAUACUCCGGGAUGCCUGUUCUGAGCAAGAGAAAGAUACCUGGGUUUCCUUCAGAACACAUUCUCACAACUGCAAUAGGAUGUUUGUCUUCCUCUGUAUCCAUAGGGAUUAGUUUCCAAUGGUUUCUCCUGCUGUCAAACCCAAGUGCUUACAUUAAUUGCCUUCCUAGGGGUUGCUCUUUCCUGAUUUAAGGGAAAUUUGUAUAUUGAGGCAGUUGUAAUACCUCAUAUUUAUCACUUCCUUUCAGACAGUGCUGAAUCAUGAAGCUGUACAUUGAUAACACUAUUAGCUAUGAAAUCACAGCUGCUAGGGCUUCACAAAAAGGAUGGGUUACAGUUUGAGACAUUGCAGAAUGUAGAAGUAGAAACACACAAAAGAGAGUGUGUUACAUUUAAAGCUGUUCCAUUGCAGAGAUUUUUCUCUGUUGUAGUUGCCUCAAAGUGCCAAUAAUUUGCCAAUAAUUCAUUUUGUAAUGAAUAAUCCCCACAGUAUAUUGGAAAUAAACCUAUUUUUGUAGAACAUUUAAUGCAUUUUCCUGCCUGAAGAGCAGGUUAGUACCCCAAAGAAGCUCAGCUGAUUUGCUCUAUUGCUCUUGAAAGGCUUUAAAAAGCUAUUCCAGGUGGAGAAAUCCUCAGGAAUUAAAAGAGAACAUAGGAAAAUCUCCCACAGACUGAUUGCAGCUGCAAGCCCUGCACUCACAGUUAACCUCUGGAUACCAGGGAAGUGUGGGAAUGGUUCCUGGAAUACCUGAAUGUGCUGGGUGUGAGUUUAUGAAUGAGUUGCUGAACGACACCACCGAGUCUAUAAAUGGGACAGUGAUUGUCUCUAUGGCUUCAACAGUGGAAAAACAUGUCACUACAUUUCAGUUUUAUCCUAUUAAUAAAUCAGUGCAUCUUGUGUGCA